AUGACAAACUACCCCAUCCUAAUUAACUUUAUCAUAGCCCUCUCCUAUGCCCUACCCAUCUUAAUCGCAGUAGCCUUCCUAACACUGGUAGAACGCAAAAUCCUAAGCUACAUACAAGGCCGAAAAGGCCCAAAUGUCGUAGGCCCUUUCGGACUUCUGCAGCCCCUAGCAGACGGAGUAAAAUUAUUCAUCAAAGAGCCUAUUCGACCCUCAACCUCCUCCCCAAUUAUAUUCCUCAUAACCCCGAUAUUAGCCCUCCUACUGGCAAUCUCCGUUUGAACCCCACUUCCUCUCCCAUUCUCCCUAGCAGACCUAAACCUAGGCCUACUAUUUCUAUUAGCCAUAUCAAGCCUAGCAGUAUAUUCCAUCCUGUGAUCAGGGUGAGCUUCCAACUCAAAAUAUGCCCUAAUCGGGGCACUACGAGCAGUAGCCCAGACAAUCUCCUACGAAGUGACCCUAGCAAUUAUCCUGCUAUCUGUGAUUCUAUUAAGCGGAAACUACACCCUUGGCACCCUUGCAGUCACCCAAGAGCCCCUUUACCUAAUCUUUUCAUGCUGACCUCUUGCUAUAAUAUGAUAUGUAUCCACACUUGCCGAAACUAACCGUGCUCCCUUUGACCUGACAGAGGGGGAGUCAGAGCUAGUUUCCGGAUUCAACGUAGAAUACGCAGCAGGCCCCUUCGCCCUUUUCUUCCUAGCUGAAUAUGCUAAUAUCAUACUUAUGAACACACUGACCGCCAUCCUGUUCUUCAACCCAAGCUUCCUAAACCCACCUCAAGAGUUAUUCCCCAUUGUAUUAGCUACAAAAGCGUUACUUCUAUCAGCAGGAUUCCUAUGAGUCCGUGCCUCCUACCCCCGAUUUCGAUACGACCAGCUAAUGCAUCUAUUAUGAAAAAACUUCCUACCACUCACACUAGCCCUAUGCCUGUGACACACUAGCAUACCAAUUUGCUACGCAGGCCUACCACCCUAUUUAAGG